GCCCACAUGCACCCCGCCGAGAAGCUGGCUUGUGACCUGUUGGCCGAAGGUGCUACAUUGCAGGCAAAGGACUUGGAACGCUUGUAUGACCUUUUGCCCAAGGAAGUAUCGCCACGUGACCCUGAAGGCCGCCUCCCUAGCUCAUUCAGUUCGGGAGUGUACAACAAGGGUGGGAUCACGGGCCUCAGGAAGGCAUGCCACGAUUUCCCGAAGGCCACGAGAUGCUUCACCAAGUUUGUCAGGACGAUGCAGCCGAAUCAUGUGUUCAGCACGUUGAGCCUUUAUGAUAACGAUUGCACAUCCCUUCACAUGGACAGCAGGAACUCCCCUGUGGGCAACUUGGUAUUGCCCUUGACAAAGUUUUCAGGAGGGGAGGUGUGGCUGAAGGAUGAAAAUGGCACAGUACCACAGAGCUUGGAGCAGGGUGAGGUGAUGGGGAAGGCCGCCGCGAUACCAACGGAUGGCCUCACCUUCAACGCCAAGGAGACUCUACAUUGCACCAUGCCAUGGACGGGACGGAGACUCGUCGCUGUGGCUUUCACGGUUGCGAGGCUGGAUGCACUUAAACCUGCUGACAAACGCUUGCUUGUGGACUCAGGGUUCAACCUCCCUUCGGAUGCAUCGGAUUGCCAGGAGCUGUCCGCGGUUGGGGAGAGUUCAGACUCUGAUUAUCCUUCGCCCAGUGCCGCUGUGGGCGAACCGUCCACGGCGCUUGACGACUCCUUCAAACCCGAACUUUGCGGGAACUUUGGAGGCCCGUUGAACUUGGAGUGGGACGGGCAAGAGACACCCAUGACAGACGGGUACGGCCUCUGUUCGCCUACUCGCUGGCUGCCUGCCUCGAGGGGGGCCACGCUUUCGCAGCAGGCAAGGGACAUGGCGGGGCGGCUGCGCGAGCUGGUUCGCACUUUUGUCUUAAGACAGGUCCCGGAUUACAGACAGUUGUGUUUGAGGCUGGCAGCAGCUCACAUCGAUAGCUCACCGUUCGACUACAGCUCUUUGCAACGCUUGCGCGAGGAGUGGGCCACAAUCGUUUGUGACAUCGAAGGCAUCAAGCAUGAGGACCUACUCGAGGUCUCAACUUCUCAGCCCUUCUACUUACGGCUGCUGGCUUGCACGGCUCGUCUACUUGAGGACCCAGACUUGCAGAUCCUUACAGAGGGGGAGGAGUGCUUUGAAAAGGGUGUCCCACUGGGAUAUGACGAAGUGAUCCCGCGCGUGCCACAGGUCUUUGAGCGGAAGGUCAAAUGGCGCAAGUUGGACGAGAGCUCAUUCGAGGCCAUCAGGGACAACUACACAAGCGCCAAGCUUACCGUGCAAGAGUUGGAGUUGAAGUUUCGUGAGGAAGAGAAGCUCGGGAGGAUGUACCCAACUACUUUCGCAGCUCUCGCGGCUGAGCAUGGCGAGGAUCGUGUCAGGGUCGCGGCAAUGGGUGCUGUGGCCAAGCCGGACGGCACGGUCCGCCCGCUGCACGACGGGACACGUGGCGUGAAGGUAAAAAACGGCAUCCAUCUUGUUAACCAGACGGCAACCCCAGGGCCGGCCGAGGUUGCACAUGUUGUCAGUUCGGCCAAACGUUCUCGCGAGGCGGCAUUCGGCAUUUCUGCGGAUGUCACGGCCGCACACCGGCUAGUCAAGCACAGGCGUAAGGAUCACCCGCUAAUGGCCUGCAAAGCCGAUUCUUCGAGCUCGGUCUUGUGGGUUAAUACCGUGGGCACUUUCGGUUUGAGUGUCGCUUCGUUUUGGUGGAGCCGCUUGUUUGGGAUAGUGGGGUUCACUGUAGCAAGAGCUCUCCUUCAGGAGUGGUUCUACCAGCUCUGCUACGUUGAUGACAUGCACGGUGUCUUCACGGGACAGCAGAAGUUCCGCAACCUCAUCAUGUGGUUCGUCUUGUACCUUGCUUUGGGAACGCCGUUUUCCUUUAAGAAAUUUAAAGGUGGCUUUAAGGUUCCUUUUGUAGGAUAUGAGCUUGACUACAGCACCUGGAGAGUGGGGAUGUCCGAUGCCAGAGGUGCAUGGAUCACAUCUUGGAUCCGGGACGCACGUGCCAACAGGUUUGUGGUCCAGGUGGACGCCCCGUACUUGUUUGACGAGCAAGAAAAGUCGCAAUGGGCGUCGGGCUCCGCAGAGCUCCUCGCAACUUUGGCGGCGCUGCAUGCAUUCGGCUACCUGUCUGCAUGGGUCAACAGGACCAUGCUCGAUGUCGAAUGCAUCGCAGACACAGACAAUCAGGGCAACUCCAGGUUGCUGAAGAAAAGGUCAUCCACAAAAUGGCCUCUCAUGCUCAUAAACAUGCAAUUGUCAGAUUUGCUGCUUCGUGCAUCGCUCAAACUGCUCUUGAAUUGGAGACCACGCAGCGAGAAUCAACAUGCUGACGAUUUGACGAACGAAGUGUUCACCAGUUUUUCUUCAGAGCACCGCAUUGAUCUUAAGUACGCUGAUCUGCCACUUGCUUUCUUGCAUCAGUUGUGGGAGACGAAAGAAAGUUUCGACAUGGCGCGAAGGGCUCAGGCCGCGCUUGCAGCAGAUGCCUCGGGGCAUUCACUCAGGAAGCGGAAGGCGGAGAAGACGCCUUGGUAG